AAUACAUGAGAGCCUCGAUUACUUGGAGGGCAGAGCUACAGUCUUUCACUCCCAUUAUCUCUCUGCAUGGGCGAGCACCAGUGCAGGAGCGAAGCCAUCAGUGGUUCUGGGCCACUUCAUCCUACCACCUGCCUGCCUGCAAGAAGAAAUCAGAAGGAAAAUCGGUAGCUUUAUUUGGGAGCAGGCGGAUGAUUCACUUGCAGAACAGCCCAACGAAAAUCUGACAGAUGAACCGGAGGCAGAAAUAAAAGGCUGUGAGGAAGAAGCGGAGGCCUUUUGUCCACUAGGCCUGGACAGAAGCAGCGAAGAAGAAGUAAGCUCCAGAGCACGUGCCCAGGGGCAAUUUCCAUACUGUGCCCUCCAGGAAUACCCGAUGAAUAACAUGGUGACAGGCUACACCUCUGCUCGUGACAUGAAGAAAUAUGUCGGAGAGCUCCGUGAUUUCAUUCCUGGCACCUCAGGUUACACAGUGUACUGGAUUCAGAAUGAAAUUAACAUUUACUCUGACAUGAAGACUAAAAUGAAGAGAAAAUUCUGA